AUUGGUUUAGACGCUUACCAGCACUAAAAAUUGCUUAGGAACAAUAUUGAAAGCAGUCUGCAUUUAUUUGUUUAUUUUUUAUACACGACAUAAAAGUAUUAAAAUAAAUUAAAUUUAUAAUGUACAACGGUGAAUGCGGCAUUCUCAUAAAGGAUAUCAAACCUGGAUUGAAAAAUAUUAACGUUAUAUUUAUCGUGUUGGAAAUAGGAACCGCCACAGUAACUAAAGAAAAUAGAGAGGUGCGAAAUUUUAAAGUUGGAGAUCACUCUGCUUGUAUAAAUGUUUCCAUCUGGGAUGAGCCGGGUAAACUCAUAGCACCCGGUGAUAUUAUAAAGUUAACGAAAGGAUAUGCCUCAAUUUGGCGGCACUGUUUGACAUUGUAUUCGGGCAAGAAUGGAGAAGUUUAUAAAAUUGGGGAGUUCUGCAUGACUUUUAAUGAACAACUAAACAUGAGUGAGCCCAAACGACCAGAUCAGCAGACACAACAACAGCCGCAAGUUAUAAGCGGAAUUGUUGGAAAUCCUCAAAUAAUGCCGAAUACUGGAGUUGCCAGUGGUCCUGUAGUUGGUACGAACAAUAACAGCGCAGUUGCACCGGCACAAGUGACACCAGCUGGCAGCAAUGGAAAUUUGGGCACAGCAGGACAAGUAGGACAACGAAUUAUCGGUACAAAUUUGAGCAGCGGUAUUCAGCAAUCCGGUAAUACAGUCACUUCAAAAACGGGAAACAUUCAACAGGCAUCACAGAAACAAUUAAGCGGCGGUCUAGGUGCGCAAGUGGCUGGUAACACAAAUGUUAAUACCGCAACGCAACAAACGACACAAGCAGCGAAUGCCUCAGGAACCGUUGCGCCAUCUCAAGGAACAAAGCCAAAUAGGGGAGGACGCGCAGGUGGUACGCGAUCUAGUAAUCUUAAGAAUGAGCGUAGAUGAAUAUUAUUGUUUUAAAAUGUGUUUAUAUUGAAAAGAAAAUAAAUAUUUGAACAUAAGUGCAUAAUUUGAAA